CAUCUCGAAGCCUCACAACCCACGCCUCAAUUCCCCACCACAACCCUCACCAUGGCAAAAAAAGCCAAAUCCCGCACGAUUGCCGUGCGCCUCAUCUCCAUGGCCAUGACAGGCUACUACAAGACGUUAAUCCGCCCGCGCGUGCAUCGCCCGCUGAGCAUGCUGAAAUACGAUCCUGUUGUGCGCAAACAGGUUCUGUUUCUGGAGCAGAAGAGGAAGAAGUAGGCGGUGUUAAGGGGAUACGAUCUCGAGGAGAGGGCGGCUUGGGGAGGGACAAGGCCAGGGGGGUUGGACUGAGGAGGAGCUUUGCGGAGCUCAGGGUGACCCCGUGGGGGAGGAGGAAUGGUUGUAUUAUAUGGCAUGACGGCAUUCACGGCGUUUGUUGGGACAAGCUUGAGAUGGAUUGAUAGUGUAUAAAAGAGAUAUCUAAAGCCAGAGGCUCCUCGAAGCCAGAGCAAAUGUUGAAAAGCAACAAGCUCAUUCCAGCCAUAUUUGUCUCGUUAUUUG